AUGAAUUAUGUUUAUUUUUUAUUUUAUUCAUUAUUUAUCUCAAGAAUUCGAUAUAUUUGUCAACUAAAUAUGUCAGAUGUAAAUAACAAUAAUAAUAACACUAGUGUUAUCUUUAAUGUAUUAAAGAAUAAAUAUUAUUUUAAAUUGUUUGCCGGACAAUUUAAAUAUUUUAGAGGUGAAGUUAGACAAUCAUUUUGGAGAUAUAAAUAUGUUCAUUGGAAUGAUCUUAAAAGUUUGGUGUCUGCUAAACAAUUUGAAUUGUUGAGAUACAGACUGAAGAUAGGUGAUCAUAUACAUAUCGAGCAAGAUGCACUUCCACUGCUGUGUAAGAGUGCAGUCGACUAUUACCUCUUUAGAUCGAUCUAUGACCGCUAUCAAGAAUACUUUGUGGAGCCCAGUCUGUUGAUCGAUGCUGUAUCGGUUGGAAAUAUGGAGAUUGUAAAGUUGUUGGCUGCACAAACCUAUCCUGUAAUGUUGAUGCGAACGAGAGGCUACCUGAAGAAAUCGAAAACCUAUGACUACGAAAAAUAUUCAAGUGCGAGUGUACUCUCUGUGGCUUGGGACAACGGUCACUACGAGCUGUAUUUCUAUCUCUUGAAAAAUUGUUUCGAUGAAGAUAUACGUCCGUUCAAAGUCAGUAGAAUCUAUGAAGGUGACAAGCAGAUAGAGAGGUUGGCUCACAGAGAUCCUAGAAAACUAUUGGAAGUUGGAAAGCUAUCGAAUGAUCCCACCUACAAAAAAGCUAUUCUACAGUAUCUCAAGUCGAAUCCCCAUAUUGCCAUACAAAUCAACGACGCCAAACUCAAUGAACUACUGUCACUCAAACCUCUCUACUCAGCGGAGCAAUAUGAUAUGGCUGUACGAAUUGCACUGGAGAUGAGUUAUUCGAAUGUUCACAGUCGAUUCGAUUUUGUACAACAGUGUCAUAAAUACAAGGUGGAGUUACUUCACUCUGUCGAUACUGCUACCAAUAUGUUGAAAGUACUCAACUACCCUGCUGAGGUAGUGGAGAAAGAGUUGGAGUUAUUCGAGCAAUAUAGAGCAUUGUUGAUCAUGACAGAGAUUGUGGAUGCAGCGAAACUGACCGUACUAAAUAGAUCAGGUUUUACAAGUUUGGUGAAAUCCAAUAGAAUCGCGCUAAUUGAGAAAUCAAACGUUGUCUGA